UUUUAUUUUAUUUUUAGCCUUUUUUUAUUUUUUAUUUCAUUUACUUUUCUUUCCAGUUUAGCUUUUUCCUUCAUCUAUUUUUUUUUUUACCUCAUCUUUUGUGGUUAUGACAAUAAAAGAAAUGCUUUAUAGACAAUUACUUGUCUUAGCAGUCUUAUUUGGAGUUAGUCAAGCUUUCUAUUUACCUGGUGUAGCUCCUCAUGAUUACGCUGAUGGUGAAACUGUACCUUUAUAUGUCAAUUCUCUUACACCCAUGUCCAACUCUCGUGUGAAGUCUGUGAUCUCUUAUGAUUAUUAUUUUGAUCGCUUUCAUUUUUGUCGACCUAAAGAUGGACCUCAAAAGCAAACGGAAAGUUUAGGUAGUAUCUUAUUUGGUGAUCGUAUCUUCACUUCUCCUUUUGAAUUAAAAAUGGGUGAAGAAACUUCUUCAUGUAAACUUUUAUGUGUUACUGAACCUAUUCCAAAGGAAGAUGCUCAAUUUAUCAAUGAACGUAUUGCUGACGAUUAUGGUGUUAACGGUGUGGUGGACGGAUUACCUAUUGCCUACGAAGUGACGGAUGAACAUACUAGUGAAAACUUUUAUCGUAUUGGAUUUGAAUUGGGAACUAUGGCUGAUACCAAACCUGCUCUCAACAAUCAUUUUGUUAUCGACAUUCGUUAUCACAAACGUGGUGAAAACAAGAAUCGUGUGGUUGGUGUGUUGGUAUAUCCUUACAGUAGAGACCAUGAAAUCUCUGCUGAUGGAAAGAGUGCAAAGUGUAGUACUGAAGAUGUUGCUUUCCAUUUGAAAGAAGACGGUACUGACAGAGUUGCAUACACAUAUCAAGUUAUCUGGACUCCUUCUAAAACCGCUUGGGCCACAAGAUGGGAUAGUUAUCUUCAUAUUUUGGAUCCUUCUAUUCAUUGGUUUUCUCUUGUCAACUCGAUUGUCAUUGUUCUUUUCUUGACUGGUAUGGUGGCUAUGAUCUUAUUACGUGCUUUACAUAAGGAUAUCUCUCGUUAUAAUGCCAUUGAUGCUCAGGAAGAUGUCCAAGAAGAUUAUGGAUGGAAGUUGGUUCAUGGUGAUGUAUUCCGUCCUCCUACUCGACCUAUGCUUCUAUCAGUUCUUGUUGGUAGUGGUUCUCAAUUAAUUGCUAUGACUGGAUUGACUUUGGUCUUUGCUGUUCUUGGAUUCCUUUCUCCUUCAAAUCGUGGGUCCCUUGGUACAAUGAUGGUAAUCUUCUUUAUGGUAUUCAGUUGUAUUUCUGGGUACACUUCCGCUCGCAUUUACAAGAUGAAUGGUGGUGAAGCUUGGAAAAUGAAUAUCUUGUUAUCCUCAACUCUGUUCCCUGGUAUCAUCAUGGGUAGUUUGACAGGAUUGAAUUUCUUUUUGAUUGGCUCUGAUUCUUCAGGUGCUGUGCCUUUUGGAACUAUGUUGGCAGUGUUAGGUCUUUGGGUAAUUAUUGCUUUACCUUUGAAUGUUACUGGCUCAUACAUUGGAUUCCGAAAACCUCGUAUUGAACAUCCUGUCCGUACAAAUCAAAUCCCAAGACAAAUUCCUGAUCAACCUCUCUACCUUCGAAGCAUUCCAUCCAUCCUUAUGGGAGGUAUUCUUCCCUUUUGUGCUAUCUUCAUUGAAUUAUACUUUGUAAUGAAUAGUAUUUGGUUCCAUCGUAUUUAUUAUGGUAUUGGGUUCUUGUUCUUGGUCUUUGGUGUUCUUCUUUUGACCUGUGCUCAAGUCACUGUAUUGAUGUGUUACUUCCAUUUGUGUAAUGAAGAUUAUCAUUGGUCAUGGCGUGCUUUCUUGACUUCUGCUGCUUGUGGUUUCUAUGUCUAUCUAUAUUCCAUUUUGUAUUAUCUUACAAAGUUGGAUAUCAAUACAAUUACAAGUACCAUUCUAUACCUGGGUUAUUCUGCUAUCAUCAGUGUCUUGUUGGCUCUUCUUACUGGUGCCACUGGUUAUUUGUCUUGUCUCUUAUUUGUACGCAAGAUCUUUGGUAGCAUCAAAGUAGAUUAGAUACGUAUGCAAUAGUUAUUUUUGUUAAUAAAAACUUUAUUACUGGAUUUUUUCUUGUGAAUUA